AUGGAGCCUCCGAAGACAGUGGACACCUUCGAGCGGCAGUUCCAUUUCGUCUAUGAAGAGGUGCCCGUGGCCCUCUACCGCUGCGCCAAGACCGGUUUGCGGGUUGUAGCGGCGCAGGUGAAGUCGCCCACAGUGCACGGCUACUUCGCGAUUCAGACGGAAGCUUUUGAUGACUACGGAUGUCCGCAUACCCUGGAGCACCUGAUCUUCCUGGGCAGUGAGCGGUAUCCUUACAAAGGUGUGCUGGACGUCUUGGCCAACAGAUGCCUUGCCCAGGGCACGAAUGCAUGGACAGCCACGGACCACACCUGCUACACUGUGGAUACUGCCGGCGCCGAUGGAUUUCUGCGAAUUCUGCCUGUAUAUCUUGAUCACGUCCUAUUCCCGACACUGAAGGACAGCGGCUUCAUCACCGAGAUACACCACAUCACUGGCGAGGGAAGCGAUGCUGGCGUCGUGUACUGCGAGAUGCAAGCAAGGGAAAACGAAGCAGGUGACAUGUGUGACCGUGCUAUGCGACUGGCAGCGUAUCCCGGUCGCUGCAGCUACAAGUCAGAAACAGGUGGGAGGCUCAAGGAGCUGCGCGACCUGACUAACAAGACGGUGCAGGACUACCACACGGCCUACUACCGGCCGGACAACUUGUGCGUCAUCGUCACCGGUCAGGUGGACUUUAAAGAUCUCUGCCAGGCCUGCCAACCAACUGUGGCUUCCAUCCUGGCAUCGGAGCGGAUCCAGAAGCUGCCGCCUUUAGAGAGGCCCUUCUCCGGCCCAGUGCCGAUGCCCAAGGAGCAGCAGAGGGUGAGGAUGGAGUUUCCCGCUGAGGAUGAAACCAGUGGAGGCGUCGUGGAGUUAUGCUGGCCUGGGCCAGCAUGGACGGACUUUGAAAAGGUGGUCGCGCUGAAGGUGCUUCUGGCCUACCUGUGUGAGGAUUCGAUUUCCCCGCUGCGGAAAGCGCUGGUUGAAACGGUGCCUCCGCUUUGCGGAAAGAUUGGUGAGGGCCUUCACGACUACAAGAAGGAGCUCAUCAACAUCACUUUGAACAGCUGCGACGUGGAGCAGCUUUCGAAACGCGAUGUCACAGCAGAGGUUCAAGCAGUCUUCACCGCGACAGCUGCGGAAGACGGAUCCGGAAUUGAUGUCGCCCGGAUCCGCAGCGUGAUCCGCCAGCAGCAGCGCCGUCACCUUUCCGCUGUGGAGUCGAAUCCGCACGAUCUCUUCAGCGGGGAGAUCAUCGGAUCCUUUUGCUACGCACCGGACUUUGCGCCGGGAGUUUCGGACAACAAGGGCGAUACGGUUCGGGCUCGACUUGACGCGCCGGCAGCUCUCGAGGCCCUGCUUGAGUGGAAGGCGACGGAGUGGGCGGCACUUUGCAAGGAGUUCCUUGUCUCUUCCUCCAAUCCAGGUGUUACAGUUUGCGGCUUCCCCUCCAAGAAGUGUGGAGAGACGAUACAAUCGGAGGACGCUGCACGCAUUGAAGCUCAGAAGAAGGCGCUUGGUGAGGAGGGAUGCAAAAAGGCCGGCGAAACUGUGGCUGCAGCAGAAGAAGAGAACGAUGUUGACACGCCUGAGGAGGUGUCCGCCGAAUUCCAAGUGCCGGAUGUGGGGAAAGUGAAGCUCAUCGAUGUCUCCACGGUGACGGUAAAGAGUGGAGUCGUGGAGGAGGUCUAUGGUCAAGAGGCAGCCAAGCUCAAGGCGCUCCUGGGACAGACGCCUUCGAAUCAACUGCCAUCGCUGGCUUUCCAAUUCGACCACGUACCAGGAGCUCAGUUCGUCAAGUGCCACGUGAUGCUGCCCUUGGCUGGGCUCACAACGCGGCAGCUGGAGCUGCUGCCCCUUUGGGUUGACACCGCUUUUGAACUGCCGUUGGCGAAGAGCUCACUCGGAGAGGCCAUCAGCUACGAGGCAGUCGUGCAGCUCUUGACGGACACCGUGGUGGAUCAGAGCUGCUCUGUGGGAGUCGGCGGCGGGCGAUUCCGUACCGGCCGUGCAGGGAACAUGCUCCACAUGUCGCUGAAGGUUGAGCGCAGCCGCUACGCUGAAGCUUCGAAGCUGCUGGGACGGCUGGUGGCUGAUGCAGAGUUCUCCGUGGAUCGCCUCCAAAUCGCAGCCAAGAGAAUGCUCAACGACAUUCCCAACCACAAGCGGAAUGGCAAGGGGCUCAUGCGUCUCGCCGUUGCCGCUUUCGACUUCUCGGACGACUGUGCUGUGGGCACAACGUCUGUUUUCCGCGUGGAACAACUUUUGAAGGCAGUGGCAGAGGAUCGCGCCGUUCUGGGGCUAGUAGCCUCGGAGCUUGCGACGCUGCGGAGCACUCUUCUCGUCGCAGCCGGCCAGGCCCGGGUGGCCGGGGAUGUGGCUGCACUGGGCGACGUCUUCGGGCCCUGGUCGAGCGGACCAUGGGCGGCGAAAUUUGGGGGGUCAGGUGGUUAUAGCAACGGCUCGCCAGCGCGGCCUUUGCUUGCAAGGGAGCUGCAUGCUCUGGAUGCGCUUAAGCCUCCCGAUGGGUCGACCGUCGGCUGCCUCAUCACCAGCUCAGCCGAGGAGUCGAACUACUGGCUGCUUGAGCGCACAUCCUUCUCCGACCCGCGCUCGCCGGAUUUACCUUCACUUUUGGUUGCCAUUGAGUACAUCACUGCAUUGGAGGGACCUUUCUGGCGGCAGAUUCGCGGAAAGGGCUUUGCGCCGCCAAACUGCAUGGCCUACUUUAACCAAAAAAACCUUCUCAUGCAAGGGGAAAACGCUCCGCCACGUGCUGCAUGGUUCCGAUGUCACUGGCAAAGAGCCGUCUUGCGGCAAGUUUCGGAGCAAGCAGUUGAAGAUUUGCGAACAACCUCCAUGUAA